GCCACCGUAGCUUUAAUGGGCGGUUCUCUGGGAGCUUUGGGGUGUAGGGCGCAGCUGCCCAAGCGGGGUCCCCGGAAGCGCCCGAGGCCAAGCUGGCCGUGCGCAUCCUCUGGGCUGGACCAGUAAAGGCGCAGUUGCUGGGCCCCACCCAACUAAGGCACUGGGCCUGGAGGGGGGCUCCCCCGCGUCGCCGAGGAGAUGGCGCUGCAUGUGCGUUGACUGCGCCCACGCCUCGAGGGUCCCAUCACUGCGUCCUUCGACUCUCCUGGGAGAGAGAGCAUGGAGCGCCCGGAGUCAGAGCUGAUCCGGCAGAGCUGGCGGGUGGUGAGCCGCAGCCCUCUGGAACAUGGCACUGUCUUGUUCGCCAGGCUCUUCGCCCUGGAACCCAGCCUGCUGCCUCUCUUCCAGUACAAUGGCCGCCAGUUCUCCAGCUCUGAGGACUGUCUCUCCUCUCCAGAAUUCCUGGACCACAUUAGGAAGGUGAUGCUAGUGAUUGAUGCUGCAGUGACCAACGUGGAGGACCUGUCUUCAUUGGAGGAGUACCUGACCAGCUUGGGCAGGAAGCAUCGGGCAGUGGGAGUGAGGCUCAGCUCCUUCUCGACAGUUGGUGAGUCCCUGCUCUACAUGCUGGAGAAGUGCCUGGGUCCCGACUUUACACCAGCUACAAGGACCGCCUGGAGCCAACUCUACGGAGCUGUGGUGCAAGCCAUGAGCCGAGGCUGGGAUGGGGAGUAAGAGACAAGCCAGUGCCCCUAUCUAUGUGUGUCUGUCUGUGAUCUGCCUGUUGUAGUCUUAGCCUCUCCCUCAGGGUCUCUCUGUACCUUGGUCUUCAUCCCCUUGGCCAUCCUAGAGAGGUGAUGGGAGAGGGUUCUGUCUCAGCUUCUGGUCAGCUGCAGGGAGGUGGAUUUCCUUCCCUCAUCCCCAUAGAUGUCCUGCUGCAUGCCUGGUUAGCUCUCCCCAGGAGGCAGAACAAUUUGGGUAGUGAGGUGGCAUGGGGGUUCUUCUCGGAGAAGCUUUCUGCCAAGGUGAGGGAAAAGUGACUAGGCUUCUAGAAUUUUCCACCUUGCCUGCCCAGUCUCUCUGAUACUUCCCUGCCAAGCUGUUUACUUUCCAACAAUGAAGAGGAGAGACUUUUUAGUGUUUCUGGGGAUCUCAGGCAAGGGAAGCAUAGAAGAUGGCGUUCUUCAGUGGCAUUGGGGCUCCCUGCUCAGACACCCCAUACAAAACCUCUUGUGCUCUUGGUUCAGCAUUUCUGGUGGAAGCACCCCAAUAUUCUUUUGGGGGAAACCUAACUGGCCAGCCAUAAUGGAGAGCCCAGAGGGCAAGGAGGAGGAGUGACCUCAUCCCACAUGGCCUGGAAUUCUGGGGCUCUUCCUGCCACCUUAUUGUAGCAGGGCUGAAUCCUGUCUUCCCACCCUCUUCUGCUCACCCACCGCUCUCCAGCUGUGGGCCCCUAGCUCUGUGUUUAAUGCUUGAGGUGGACUCGUGCCUGGGAUGAUGAGUGGGAGAGAAUAGAGUAGGGAGGGCCCUUGUCCCCAUCCCCACCCACCCACACUUUCUUGCUCUGUGCUGUGGCUUUAUAAACUCACAAGAAAUAAACAUGUUCUGUGUGCUGA